ACAGCGGAUCAUGGAAAGAGCCGAAGAUGUCGGCUCGGUUAUGUGAUCAGCUGUAUCCAAUCACAGCUGAUCACUGUUCAUCAGGGCCCUGAUGAUCAGUGUGGCCCCAGAAGUGCCACCUGUCAGUGCCCAUCAGUGCCACAUGCCAGUGCCCAUGAGUGCCACAUAUCAGUGCAUGCCAGUGCACAUCAAUGCCACAUAUCAGUGCCCAUCUGAGCUGCCUUUCAAUGUCACCCAUCAGUGCCAGUCAGUGCCACCUAUCAAUGCUGCCAAUCAGUGCCAGUCAGUGUUGCCUAUCAGUGCGCAUCAGUGCCAGUCAGUGCCGCCCAUCAGU